CCACAUCAUCUUUCAGCUAUGAACACACAAAUCUCAUCCCAAAUACUAUACUCUCCCCUAUCAUCAAGUAGUGGCGAGUCCGAGGACACAGUUUCCUUGGACUCGUCCACUACUACACCAGCUCCCUCGCUCAAUAAUUUAUUGAGCGAGGGAGCUGCUGUAUGCCUUCCGCAGAAGCGGAAGGCAGGACGAAAGAAAUUUAAAGAGACUCGACACCCCACUUUUCGUGGGGUUCGCGAGAGAGAAAGAGGAAAAUGGGUGUGUGAAUUACGUGAACCUAAGAAGAAAAGUAGAAUAUGGCUUGGAACUUACCCUACAGCUGAACUUGCUGCUAGGGCACAUGAUGUAGCAGCUUUAGCUCUUAGAGGAGAUAAAACUGCUCUUAAUUUCCCUAACUCAGCUUGGCUUGUUCCGCGAGCCAAGUCUACUUCAGCUCGAGACAUUAGGCUCGCGGCUUUCCAAGCUACUAGGUUCGAUCUUCGGCCUAAUUGCUCACCAUGUCAAGGUAAUGAAAACACAUGUACACAAGAGAUGGAAGAAAUUAAAAGUUCUACAUGCUAUGAUAAUGAUGAUGAUGUCAAGAGUUUAAAAAAGAAUGUCGUGGAUGAUGAAUCUAAAGUGUUGUUUAUGGAUGAAGAAGCCAUUUUUAAUGUACACACAUUCAUUGAUAGUAUGGCCGCAGGUAUGCUUCUUACACCACCUUCUUUCAAGAGAGGGAUUAAUUGGGAUGAAAUAGAGGAAGAUAAUGGGGAUGAUGAUUGUUUUAUUGACUUGGAUUUGUGGCGGUAUAGUUAAUUUCUGCUAAUGCUGGAUUCAUUUGUGAAAAGAUCCUUUUUUUCAUACACCAUAAUGAUAGUAAAGUUUAUACUCCGAUCUUUUUGUUCUGAAAUAUAUAUACAUCGAAUACUUUUCUCUAUCUCUCUCUUCAUCAUAUAGGAGUCUUCUUUUUGUUAUUUUUAUCUCUCUUCUCGAUCUUCCUAAUUCCCGUACCUCUUACGUUUCAUUUAUUUUAGAAUAGAAAAAGUGUAUAUUUAAAUUAGUACACCAAGUCCAAAAGAUCGACAAAAUUUUAGGGAUGAUGUUCCAUUACCAUGAGUAUUGACAUGAUAUUUUCCUUACAAUAUUACAUAUAAAUGUAAUUUACCAUUGUCUUUUAUAGUGACAACAAGAAUCUCUGUAAUGGUUUGGUCACAUUCCAAAAUUUCAAU